AUGAGGGAAAAUUUUCCAUCCAAAGAAUUGAUAAGUUCGGGAACGAUCGAACGUAACUGGCGUGGUAUUAUUAUUGCUCUAUUGGUCAUCGCAGCCAUGUGCUCACUUAUCGUAGCCGCUGCACUCCUUAUCACUCCACCCAGUCUUACUGGAACGAGUAAAGGGACGCCACUAACGUUAACAGAUAUUUUGCAUAAUGCACUAUUAAGUCCAAUAGAGACAAUCGACUGGAUGGACAAUGAUCGCAUUGUGCUUAGAGCAACAAAUUUUAUCAAAAUAAUCAACAUUUCUUCAUUUCCGGUCAUUUCUGAUUUCUACACCAAGGAAGAUAUCCUGGGUAGACAAGGACAUCUUAAUCAAUUUGUUUUCUCGCAUGACUCUUCCUACGUUGUUCUCUCAUAUGAUGAUAAAAGGGAUGGUAAUGCUAUGACUUAUUUAAUCUAUUCCAUUCAGUCGCAAACAUUUGUAUCAGUCGGACCGUUAGGAAAAGGUGAUGAAUUAUUGCAAUUAUUUGUUUGGAAUCCAACGUCAAACGAUUUUACAUUUGUACACCGGAAUGAUAUUUAUUACGGCAGGGGACCCGAUGAUAACCAUAUAUACCAGAUUACUCGAGAUAAUAAUACAUUGAUUUAUAACGGUGUUGCGGAUUGGAUUUAUGAGGAAGAAAUUUUCAACAGCAAUGUAGGUUUGUGGUGGUCAAAAUCAGGACAGUAUUUGGCUUUCAUCAAAAUUGACGAUCGUAAAGUUCCUUUAAUACAGUAUCCACUAUUCGGACAACAGCAGUAUCCGAUGAUGAAUAAAAUACCAUAUCCAAAAACAGGUGUCAAACAUUUACCUGAAAUUACUAUCAAUAUUUGGGAUAAGAAAAAUAAAAUAUCUCGAGAAAUGGAUAUUGUUCUUGGAGACAAAAGUUUAUCCACUUACUUAUUCUCAGCCUCCUGGAUAUCACUCUAUAAUGAAGAUCUUUUGAUGGCUGUAUUUGUUAACAGAUAUCAAAAUAUAGCAUCAAUUACAAUUUGCACUUUCGACUCCGGAAAAUGUGUUCUGAAUUUCAACCAGUACUACACUAUUGCCGGACAUAAAUUGUGGGCUGAACCGGAAAAUUUUCGUAUUCGACAUUUUUCUACUGAUUCAUACUUUGUUAGUUUACCUGGACACACUGCAUCCGGUGAAAUAUUCACUCAGAUUGCUCGAAUAUCCGUGUCUAAAAAUUACACAAAUGGAAAAGCAACAUUUCUUACACGGGGUAAUUAUGAUGUAACAUCAAUUAUUGGUUAUAAUCAGAGAACAAAACUCGUGUACUUUAUGGCUGCCUCACCACUUCCAUCACAAAGGCAUAUGUAUGCAACUUCAUAUUAUGUGACAAGGAAUAAUAAUUCAGCAAUAUGUGUGACAUGUGGUGUUGCACCAGAUUGCACCUUCCAGGAUGUGAUGUUUUCGAGUGAUGCAGACAAAUAUAUCCUGAGCUGCCUCGGUCCGGGCAUACCUCGAGCAUAUUUCUCAUCCAUCUCCUCUAACAAUUCAUUGAUAGCAAUCGUGAAGAUGUUAUUACCGCCAGGUUUUGAUCAAACAAUUAUCGAUAUCAAAUAUUCAGUUAUUGUUUCCGUAUAUACCGGACCAGGUUCACAAAAGGUUACUGAAGAGAUGACACCGAACACAUUGGAUAUGUUUCUAGCAUCAAAUGCAAAAUAUAUUGUCAUCUACAUCGAUGGACGAGGAUCCGGCAUGAGAGGAUGGAAAUACAAAGAACCAAUAUAUGGCCGUUUAGGAACAGUGGAAAUUGAUGAUCAAAUUGAAGCAGUAAAAAUUUUAGCUUCCAAAUAUCGAUUUAUUAACUCGAAAAAUAUUGCAAUCUGGGGAUGGUCAUAUGGCGGAUUUGUCUCAGCUCAUGUGGUUAAACGUGACACAGGUCAUCUGUUCAAAUGUGCUGUGAGUAUUGCACCUGUUACAGAUUUUAAGUUGUAUGAUGCCACGUACACAGAACGCUAUAUGGGUGAUGCAAGUGAACUUGCAUACGAACAAGCUAAUCUUGUCAGAAAUGUUAGCAUGUUUAAAGAAGUACAAUUUCUAUUGGUGCAUGGAAUGUCUGAUGAUAACGUCCAUUUGCAAAAUUCCGCGCAACUAAUAAGAGCAUUGGGUGAAGAAAAUAUACAAUUCCAACUUAUGGUAUAUCCAGAUGCAAGUCAUAACCUGGUUUGGGCUCGUCUACACUUAUUCACAAUGUUGACGAAAUUUUUUGAGAAAUGCUUUCAACGUUAA